GCGCCGCCAGCACACCCUCUGCCUCGACCAACGCAACGCUUCGCACGACGUGGACAACAAAAAAGGGCGACGCGACGGUGUACCUCACGGUCGUCCUUCAUCGCCAGACGCUUUAGUUUUCGAGCGGGAAAAAAACAAAACAAAAAAACAGCCUUCCUCGCAGCAACUUCGAAGUCGUCUGCUAUUCUGAAGUCGUCUGCAUCGAGAAGGAAGGCCGCUCAGACUCUGAGUGGGGUGGUGUGUCGUCCAGGCCAAGAUGACGAUCAAGGAAAAUGUGUCCCGGUUGUCCAGAUACGUCGUUCCAAAUCUGGAGCUCCUGCCCCUCAAGAUACACAUGUUCCUCUACUUCGGAGCCGCGGUGGGUGUGAUGCCGUUCGCCACCGUGAUCGCUAAGCAGCUGGGCAUAUCGGCGUCUCUGGUCGGAAUGCUCAACACAGCUCUGCUCUUCGCUUCAGUCGUCAUGCGUUUCCUCGUCGGUUCCCUCACAGACAAGGCACAACGGCUGAAGAUAAUCCUCAUUGUCGUCAUCUCAAUAGAGAGUUUCUUCCACUUUAUGAUCAUCGUGGUGCCACCCAUCACACCAACCAAGCUGAAUGUCAGAACAACAAGUCCAGAAUGCAGGUCGCAAAACACCACGAUGCACAUCUGCUUCACCGAGGAGUUACCGAACGACUGCUCUGGAGCCGAUACAAGCGACUGUACGCUGUCUUGCACCCAUACCGCGCUGAACUCAACGUCCGGUGGGAAGCUCGAAAUUCCAUUCAGCAGCAGCAACAUGUGCGGUAUCAAGACCUGGUGCGCACCGCUUGAGACUAAAGACCAGAAGGAUAGCCUCGACAUGUUUUGCGCUGCCGAGAACAGGACCUGUAACGCCAGCUGUCUCGCUCCGAACCAACCGAGCACCAUUCGAACCUCGACCUUUUGGCUCUACGUCGUUUUCAGAGUAGUUGCCGGCAUUGCUUUCGGCGUCGGAAUCUCACUGACAGACGCCGCGACGUACGCUAUUCUGCGGGACCGUAAAGAGGACUAUGGCAAGCAGAGGCUCUGGGGCACCAUCGGUUGGGGAGGACUGGCACCACUUGUAGGGUACUUGAACCAAAUGGCCACCGGAGGGUCCUCCUUCACCGAUUACAGUCCCGGGUUCUACAUGCUCGCGGCCUUGGCCGUCAUGGAUGUCCUUGGCUUGGUCUUCUUGGAAGUUCCACGGUCACCCAUGUCCAAGCAACUCCUCAAGGACCUCAGUGAGGUAUUCGUUAAUGUGAGAACGCUCUUCUUCACCUUCGCCGUCUUCAACAUGGGCUUUCUCAUGGGGUUCAUCUGGACCUACGGUCUAUGGUACCUGGAGGAACUCGGCGCCACUCCUCAGCUUCUGGGCGCUAACCUGGCGGUGCAAUGCUUCGGGGGCGAGGUUCCCGUCCUCUUCUUUUCCGGUUGGAUCAUCCGGAAGAUUGGCUACGGGAACGCGGUCAGCUUGUCCAUCGGUGGCCUGGCGCUGCGGUUUGCGGUGUACAGCUACGGCUCUGACGUUUGGGCCAUGUUGCCUGUCGAGGUGACGCACGGGCUCUGCUUCGGCCUCUUCUACGCGGCACUGACGUCGUACGCCAGCACGGCGGCACCGCCUGGGACCGAGGCGACGAUGCAGGGGAUCCUCGGCGGAACUUUUGAAGGACUCGGUAUAGCGUCUGGAACCCUGGUGGCUGGUCAUCUUUACGACUACGUCGGUGGUCGGACCACAUGCAGAAUCUACCUCGCGUACUGCGUUGUCUUUCUGGUACUUCACGUUGCCGUGGACUGUGCUCUCGCCAGGAUGGAAGCUAUGCGAGCAAAACACGGUGCCAUCGCCCGAGCGUCUGCCAACAUGGCGAGCGACAACGAGACGACGUUGCCCUUGAACCCUUCGAAAGAAGGAGAGUCUCUUGAAGGACAUCUGCAACCACUAAAUCAAGACGCUUGAGCCUAGAAAGCCAGUUUGUGACAGUUAAGAGCCGCGGUGCUAGUGAGCGCAAUUCACGAGAAUUUCACCACGACCGUCAACAAUACUUCGACAGUUGUAGCAGUGUUGGAUGCUUCCUACCUGACAAUGACAGAAAACUGUCGGAAGCGCCACACUACGACCUAUGAAGGUCUCUGGCAACCUGUGACGGUCAGACACGACUUGCAAUUGUUUGACAUCAUCCACGAUCACCCGUGACCACCUGGACUACGUUGCAACAGCCAGCGCAUCCACGACAAUCUUGAGAAAGCAGUAAGGACGCUAGCCCGUCUUUGAGGUAUCGGGCUACGGCGAUGCAUCCUAAUGCAGCGAACUUAUGACAGUACGUGACUGUUGCUGACAGCCUUGGGGGGUCUCAAAGGGUGGCCACAUUCCUACGAAAGUCACGCACUAAUACACAAACUCUGUUUACGCAAUCACCGGCAGUGAAAUCGACUAGACAAGACGUGGAGUACGCAGACAUGCACGUACUGCUGACGGUAAAAUUUCUCAGACCUCCACGGUCACGCGCUACCGAACGAAAUACACCGGGACAGCGUGUGCACCUCUACGACCACUUGGACUAUGGACAGAGGUCUUCUUGAGAAGGAACACAUCACCGCAACAGCCACUUUGUGCAGCGGUGGUAAACCUCGCCUUUAACAUCAACCGGUUGGAUAAGAAGCACGCCUAGCCGUCAACGAGCCGUGGGAUUGUUUCACCAUGCACAUUCGCGAGCACGAAGUUUAGAACAGUCCGUGGGGUCUGGAAUUGGACACGAUGGCGGCCCAAUUAAAGUGUCAGUGCUCAGAUUCCUGAACCCACAGAUAGAUGCACGUGAGUUUCAGGAAGACCAGGGCAGCUGUAUUGCUUCCUAUGCAAGCUUUCGAACAUUCAGCCCAAGUCUCCUUGAAUGUCUUCCAGCUCACCAGUAGAACGGAAGGUUCAAGCGGAGAUUUUCAAGUUUACACAUGCCUAACAAUAUGUCAGUUUUGUUUUGUUCGGCACUUUUGCAGGUGGACCAACCUUCACCCAUGAGAAAGCAUUGAUUAGGUUCAGUGCUGGUGAGAAACGAGCAUGCGAAGUUGAUGAACUUUUGUAUUCAGAAGGGUACACGCUGCACACUCUCGGGUCCGCGUAUAGCGUAGCGUUUUCAUCGUCUGUGUUCGUUCACAGCAAUGUCGAACACUCUGUGAUAAAGAAAGCUAUGUUGGAAUGAUCUAUGCUCCGUAUCACAAAUUGCGUGCAGCGCUCUCAAAGGCACAGGUGAAAUAUCUAGCUUCGUCUUUACAAAAGAUUCGAGCAGCCAAAACAAUUACCAAAGGUCCUUGACCGUGUCUUUCGGAACGCUGCUCACGCCUCCUAACACGAAGUGUAUGAUGAUCAUUCUGAAUUUUCCUACAUUAUUCUUUUAGCCUUGUUUAAUUUAUUAAAUUUUACCGACUAUAGCAUUUAUUAGUUUCAACUAACCAAUCUAACGUUUCAUAGGCGAACCGGCUUGAUACACAAGUGUGCUUUAGGCUCUGCUCCUGUUGUGUGAUAUACUCCAGAGCGAUUUAAUAUACUUCAGUGAUGUGCUUACGCUUAGCGGGUGAGCAUCGCUUUGAAUGCACGCUUUGCUAAAGUGUACAAGCGGGCACUGAUAUGAGUUUGCCUUGCGGGAACACACAGCGAUAACCACUAAGUAGUUCUGUAACUGUGAGAUGAAAAGCAAUUGUUAUCGACCGCUCAACUUGUUUUGCAAUACAUAACUACAUGUUGCUAACAAGGUGCAUUUGCUACACUAUUUUUUAAGGCUGAUUCACGCAUUUGAGUUUGACAGUGCCAAGUGUGUUGUGAUCUUUUUUGCACCCUCUUAACACAUAGCACUCUGGCGCCAUAGGCCAUCUAUCGGCUAGACCUGGAACACUUCAAAGGUUUCGCAGUAUUUUCGAGAUCAGAUUUACGCAGUGUUUAUGAUAAAUAGUCGCGUAUAACACUCUCAGAAUUUGUUCAAGCUCACAGUGGAAUAAGUAUGCGUAAACAUUUUACAAAUAUAUGCGCUGAAGUGUUCCAGAGCUACUCAAUAGAUUACACCAGUGUGUUAAGCGGUUAGAAACGAUCAUGAACCGCUCGGCACAUUCACACGAAAGCCUGUGAAUCAGCCUUCUAAGGUUAAGUGUUGUACUAGCACGCCUCUCUUUCACCAUGCAUAAUUUGCUCUUCGGCCUGCGGCGAUGUAAAGAAAAUGCUAACUCGGGAACACGUCGAGCAUCUUCGGAACAAUGAAUCUCACUAAGCAGAUUAAGGCCGUGUUCCGAACCUUACCCAAAUAGAUCAGAGUUACUCCGGUGGGUUGUGUCGCGUGUCAACGCAAAUACAGCAACGGACGCGGGUAAGUUUUUGAACAGCAAGGUACGAAAUCCUUACCCUGGAGUAAAAUCGAGUCAAUUUUGGAGCACGGUCCGAUAUAACUAUGCCGUAAAGUCAGUUCACGAUCACCGGCAUAAUAGCUAGCCGCCAACGUCGAAGAAAGAACGAUUUUGGCGCAAAUUUACGCAAACGUUACACCAAAACAAUUCCUCUAUUCUGCGUUUAUACCCAGGACGAGGUCUACACUUGCACUUUUCAGCACCAUGAAAUGUGUGUCCCACAGGCAAUUAUACAUUCAAAUUACAGCCAAAGAUUUAUUCCUUUGUAUUGUGGAACGGCAAUCGUAGUACUAUAGGCAGUAUUUUCCAUUGCUUAUAUUUUGCGAUAGCGGCAACGAACACGUCUUUUUAUGAUCUGCGUGACGGUAGUAUCACUGAACUGUCGAUUUCCCUAAAACGCAGUCAUUAUUUGGGAAAAUAAAUGAGUAAAAUAAGAUGUUGCAUCUGGUGUGUAAUUAUUAUUUUUUUAUGAGAGGAGUCUCUCACGUCGAAGAUUGCCAGGAUAAAAGGAACUGAUUGGAAAAGGAAGCUUGUUGCGUGACAUACUGUGGACGUCUUAAUACUGCCGCAUUUUCGAUUUCCCAGUGCCAGGGGCUUUCUUAUAUUGUUUGUGAAUAAACGCUCUUAGUAAAAAUUGACGACAGUGUGCAUGCACCUUCUGCAAUUUAACGUUGCACCAUAUCAAAUUAUACAUUUACGUCAGAUG